AUGAAAAACCGCUUCAUGCUGGCACCGCUGACCAAUUCCCAGAGUCAUGAAGACGGUGUCAUGAGCGAAGAGGAAUUUCACUGGCUGACAUUACGCGCAGCAGGUGGUUUUGGUCUGACGAUGACCUGUGCGGCUCAUGUUCAGGCAGUGGGUAAAGGUUUUCCUGGGCAGCUGGGUAUCUGGAGCGAUGAUCACCUGCCUGGCUUGACCCGCCUGGCACAGAAAAUAAAAGCAGAAAACAGCAUUGCCAUCGCACAACUGCAUCAUGCCGGCAUGCGUUCGCCUGCUGAGAUCAUCGGGUGCGCGCCAGUGUGUCCCAGUGAUGACGAAGAAACCGGUGCCCGCGCCCUGGAUACGUCUGAAACAGAGCAGUUGAUUGAGGAUUUUGUUGUGGCUGCGCGGCGCGCCGAGCGGGCUGGCUUCGACGGAGUAGAGCUGCACGGGGCCCAUGGCUACAUUUUGUGUCAGUACUUCAGCGCUGAAAUUAAUAAACGGGACGAUCAGUUUGGCGGCAGUGCCGACAAUCGAUGGCGUAUUCUGUUUGACAUUAUUGAGGGUAUCCGCAGUCGCUGCGGACCGGAUUUCAGUCUUGGUGUGCGUCUGUCGCCGGAGCGGUUUGGCAUGCAGCUAGCAGAAGUGAAAGACAUGGCCGCUCGGCUGAUGCAGAGUGACCAGCUUGAUUUCCUUGAUAUGUCUUUGUGGGAUGUGUUCAAGCUGCCUGAAGAAGAAGCUCAUCAGGGACAGAAUCUGAUGGCGCAUUUUACUGAGUUGCCCAGAGGCAAUACGCGUCUUGGCGUGGCGGGCAAAAUCCGCACACCCGCUGAAGCGCAGGCCGCCCUGGAUGCAGGCGUGGAUUGGAUAAUGCUGGGUCGAGCGGCCAUCCUGCACCACGAUUUUCCAAACCAGACCCUGCAGAAUUCGCAUUUUGAGCCCGUCAGUUUGCCAGUGACCCGCAGUUAUCUGGCCAGCGAAGGCCUGUCGCCUAAGUUUGUUGACUAUAUGGCGGGCUGGAAGGGUUUUGUCAGCGACGCAUAA